AAAGAGACGAGCAUAGGUUCCUCCCAAGAUGCCACCCGCUUCAUUCAAGUGUCUGGCAGCACUGUGUUCCUGUUAGAGCCACCAGCACAAGCACCAGACGAUGCUGAUCCAGGUGAAGGCCCCAGUGCAGCAGCAACAGCACAUGAUGGAGACGAUGAUGAGGAGGAGACCAUCUCUCUGGAUUCCAGAAGGCAUGAGGACCCAGAUGCUAUACAGUGGGAAAACCAGCCUGGCAACAUAGUGCGUAUUAAUAAAAGGACACCACAUCCUGCCAAAUUCCAGCUGCGCUAAUUGUAUUGUGUUCACAGAGCUCACAAGCUAUCAGAAAGUUGUAUGGCAACCACCUCCGGUGCCAAAUAGAACUGGCAGACAUAGACAUUCAGUACAAGAAGAAAAAGAUGGAAAAUCUUGCACUGGAGUCCGAAAUAAAAAAGAGGACAAUUAGGAAACUGGACCUUGAAAUAAAAAAACUUGAGAGGGAGCUCCAAGAAGAUGACACAGCUCAAAAUAAAAAUUAGGUAUAUUCUCGUAAAGUCAAGUGAGCCAUGACAUAUGAGCUCUUAUUGUGAGCACACAGGACGGUGGCAUCUUUCUAAGGUUUUUUUUUUAUUUUCCCAGCAAUCAGUACAACCAAGUCAUCGUUAUAAGGCAUCGCCCUCUUUUGCCCACCCCCCCAGCACCAGGUGUGGCCACUAGCCUAUAUGAAGGCCCAAAAUUGUGUGUUCCUUUCUGCUCUGACAAUGGCAUGCCCAUUCGUGCGAGAUGUGGUGGAUGAAGAAGCACUUGUGCUGAGGAGAGCCUUCAGGCGAGAAAGGGUCUUCAGGGACCGGUUGGACCCACUGGCCUUCCCUGAUGACCAUCUAUAUGAAAGAUACAGGUUUUCUGCAGAUGGCAUCAGGUAUCUAUGCAGACUACUGGGUCCCAGGAUUAAGCACCGCACUGCACGGAGCCAUGCACUGAGUGUGGAGCAAAUGGUUUGUGUGGCCUUGCGCUUUUUUGCUAGUGGAGCCUUCCUGUACUCAGUGGGGGAUGCAGAACAGCUGAACAAGGCCACAAUUUGCCGCACAAUAAGGAGUGUGUGUCUGGCUAUCAAAGCAUUAGCAGAUGUCUUCAUCUCCUUCCCUGGCCACAGAAGACUCUGUGACAUCAAAGAGGAGUUCUAUAGGAUUGCAGGUUUCCCCAAUGUCAUUGGUGCAGUGGACUGCACACACAUAAGGAUAAAAGCCCCCUCAGGUGCCCAUGAGGCCGAUUUUGUGAAUAGGAAAUCCUUUCACAGCAUUAAUGUUCAGAUGGUCUGCAAUGCUGACUGUGUGAUCAGCAAUGUUGUGGCAAAAUGGCCUGGCUCAGUCCAUGACUCCAGAAUCUUUCGGGCCUCUGAAAUCUAUCACAAGGUGAAUUCUCUGGUGUGUUGCUGGGAGACAGGGGGUAUGGCUGCCAGCCUUUUCUCCUGACACCUUUCACAGACCCCCAGGAAGCACAGCAGGCCUACAACCAUGCCCAUGCCAGGACCAGGGCCAGAGUUGAAAUGACCUUUGGCCUCCUGAAGGCACGCUUUCACUGCCUUCACAAAUUAAGGGUCAGCCCUGUUAGGGCAUGUGAUAUUACUGUGGCUUGUGUUGUCCUCCACAAUGUGGCCUGCCUGAGGAAGGAGAGGGCCCCCAGAGUGCCACCAGCCAUGGACUGGGACAAUCCGGCAAUCUUCCCUGAUGACGACAGUGGUCGGCUGCUGAGGGACCAAUAUGUGUUGAAUUAUUUUAGUUAGUAUGUGUGCUUUCAAUUUUGGUUAAAUAUGUCCUGCGGUGGCAGAGGAAUUUGGGUUUUUUUGGGUUCGUUUUUUGACGAAUUUGGCCUCAUGAUGUUUGUGCGGUAUACUGUGUGUAAUACAAGGCUGCAGGGAGGCUACUGCAUCCAUUCAUUUGUCUGUUCAGUUGAUGUGUAUGGAUUUGUCCUGCAUUUAUUUUAGUGUGCAGACAUGCAGGGUGUGUUAUAUACAGACCUUUGAAUGUGUAUGUAUCAUUUUGUAUAAUAUGCUUGGAUUCUGUGCUUUCCAUCUUGUAGAGUCACUGUGACUUCAGUUUCGAAAGGAGCUGAUGGUUUACCUGCUUUGUUUUGUCCUUAUUCAAUAAAGGAACAU